AAACGGCACGUGAUUGGUCAAGCCGUACAUUUUUCGCCGAUUGUCAUUUGUUUUUUUGUCCAGUUUAGCGAAAGGUGCCGGGGUUUAAUGGUCAUUUCAAAAAUUUCUAAUUAGUUUAGAAAGUGAUUAAAAUGAGUGGCCUUUUAAAGAUACAAACGAUUUUUCCGAAACAUAUUUUGACGAAUGUCGCAAAGAACCCGAAGGUUCUGGCGCAAGGGUUGCACAUCGGCGUCGACAAGAAAAAUGCCAAGGUUAGCAGUGACGCCGUCUCGAAGGUGUACCCCAUUGUGGACCACACGUACGACGCUGUGGUCGUGGGGGCCGGGGGCGCCGGCUUGCGGGCGGCGUUCGGGCUCGUGGCCGAGGGCUUCAAGACCGCGGUGGUGACCAAACUGUUCCCCACCAGGAGCCACACGGUGGCGGCCCAAGGGGGCAUCAACGCGGCGCUAGGUAAUAUGGAGGAGGACAACUGGCAGUGGCACAUGUACGACACGGUCAAGGGCUCCGAUUGGUUGGGGGACCAGGACGCCAUUCACUACAUGACGCGGGAAGCCCCCAAGGCGGUCAUCGAACUCGAAAAUUACGGAAUGCCGUUCUCGCGCACUUCCGAGGGGAAAAUCUAUCAGAGGGCUUUUGGGGGGCAGAGUCUUAAGUUUGGGAAAGGGGGGCAGGCCCAUAGAUGUUGUUGCGUGGCUGAUAGAACCGGGCACAGCCUGCUUCAUACGCUCUAUGGACAGUCAUUGCGCUACGAUUGCAAUUAUUUUAUCGAAUAUUUUGCGUUGGAUUUGAUUAUGGAGGACGGGGAAUGCCGAGGAGUCAUUGCUUUGUGUCUUGAAGACGGCACAAUUCACCGGAUCCGGGCCAAAAACACCGUUUUGGCUACCGGUGGCUACGGCCGUGCUUUCUUCUCGUGCACUUCGGCCCACACAUGCACCGGUGAUGGUACGGCAAUGGUCGCCAGAGCCGGCCUACCCUCGCAAGACCUCGAAUUCAUCCAGUUCCACCCGACUGGCAUUUACGGUGCUGGGUGUCUCAUAACCGAGGGCUGUCGGGGCGAAGGCGGCUACCUGAUCAACUCGCAAGGCGAACGCUUCAUGGAGCGCUACGCCCCCGUCGCCAAAGACUUAGCCAGUCGUGACGUCGUCUCCCGAAGCAUGACGAUCGAAAUCAGGGAAGGCCGCGGCUGUGGCCCCGAAAAAGACCACGUCUACUUACAGUUACAUCACUUACCGGCCGAGCAGUUGCACACACGCUUGCCGGGCAUUUCCGAAACUGCCAUGAUUUUUGCCGGCGUGGACGUCACCAGGGAACCAAUCCCAGUGCUACCAACCGUCCACUACAACAUGGGGGGAAUCCCCACCAAUUACAAGGGACAGGUUUUAACAAAUGUGAACAACCAGGAUAAGGUGGUUAAGGGGUUGUAUGCGUGUGGCGAGGCGGCGUCGUCUUCGGUCCACGGUGCCAACCGUCUUGGGGCAAAUUCCCUGCUCGAUUUGGUUGUUUUUGGACGUGCUUGCGCCAAAACAAUCGCCGAGGAGCACAAACCGGGCGAGAAAAUCGGCGAUAUUCGGGAAAAUGCCGGGGAGGCGUCCGUGGCCAACCUGGACUGGUGUCGCUACGCCAAGGGGGCGAUUCCGACGGCGACUUUGCGCCUCCAGAUGCAGAAGACAAUGCAAACGCAUGCGGCUGUUUUCCGUACCGAGGAAACACUGCAAGAGGGGUGCAAGCUGAUGGAAGGGUUGUACUCAAAUCUCAAGGAUUUGCAAGUGACCGAUAGCAGUUUGAUCUGGAAUUCGGACCUGGUGGAGACGCUCGAGCUGCAGAAUUUGAUGCUGAACGCGUGCCAGACCAUCGUGGCGGCCGAGAACAGGAAGGAGUCAAGGGGGGCGCACGCCCGCGAGGACUACAAGUUGAGGAUAGAUGAGUAUGAUUAUAGUAAGCCGGUUGAGGGGCAGCAGAAGAAGCCGCUUGAGCAGCAUUGGCGUAAACAUACUUUGACUACUAUUGAUGAAAAAACAGGCAAAGUUAGUAUUAGAUAUCGGCCGGUGAUUGAUGAUACUUUGAACAAAAAUGAAUGUUCCACUGUUCCGCCAGCAAUUCGAUCUUAUUAAGCUUUAAUUUUGAGUAUUUUAUGUUGAUUUCUUUUUCCUAAAUGCAUAUUUUGUUUACAAGUAUUGCGCAAAAGUAGCCUAGCAUAAUUUAUUUGAUUCAAGUGAUUUUAUUAAGUUAUUUUAAUGUGGAAAAUAUAAAAAAGUACAAAGA